GAACAACUGCGGAAAGUUGCACACUGGAGAGACAGGAGACACGAAUCAUAACAGCAGCUAAACAUACUAAGUUAGAUAUAGUUGCAAAAAUUGGAAAGGUAUAAUGAAGGAGGACAAGGAAAACACGCGCCCCAGAGAAAGGAAAGUGGAAAUAAUGUGUGAUGAAAACGAAAAACACGAGAAGUCAAGUAAAGAGAAGAAGGAGGCCAUGACAAAGAUUGUGAUCCGACGGCUCCCUCCUAGUCUAACAAAAGAAGAACUAGUGGAUCAACUGCAGCCUCUUCCCGAGCUGGAUUACCUGGAGUUUUUCUCUAGUGACACUAGUCUUUACCCUCAUCUCUUUGCAAGAGCAUAUCUGAAUUUCAAAAAUCAAGAGGAUGUAGUUCUCUUCAGAGACCGUUUUGAUGGCUAUGUCUUCAUUGACAAUCGAGGACAAGAAUACCAAGCCAUUGUUGAGUUUGCACCAUUCCAAAAAAUUUCUAAGAAAAGGAGCAAGAAAAAGGAUGCCAAAAGUGGAACAAUUGAAGAUGAUGCUGAUUAUAAGAAAUUUUUGGAGCUCUACAAUGGUGAUGAGGAAAAAUUUCCUUCCAACCCUGAGACUUUACUUGAGGAAAUAGAGGCCAAGACAAAAGAACUCAGUGCUAAAAAAACAACACCUCUCUUGGACUUCCUUAAGAAUAAACAGAGGAUUAGAGAGGAGAAGAAAGAAGAGAGGAGACGGAGAGAGCUAGAACGUAAACGCUUGAGAGACGAAGAGCGACGUAAGUGGAGAGAGGAGGACAGAAGAAAACGAAAAGAAGCUGAGAAAUUGAAAAAAGGAGAAAAGGCGUCUGAUAAGGAUCAACCUAAAGAAGAACAGCCAAAAAUAAAGCUCUUGAGGAAACCAGACAAAACAGAAGAUGGUGAUACUGAGAAGCCAAAAGAAAAGCCCAAGAAACAGGACAGGGAGAAACCAAAGGAAGGCCGAGCUCCAGGAGGAGACAUGAAGAAACGCCAGAAUGGUGAACACAAAGAGGACAAGGGGGGCAAAUUAGAGGAUUGUGGGCGUAAAGAUUACAGGGAUCGUGAUGGAGACAGAGAGAGAGAGCGGAGGCAGAAAGAAAAAGAACUUGUCAGAAGGCAGGAUGAACAGCGGAGGAGAAGAAGGGAACGUCAGGAUGGAGAAAACACCUACAAAAAGAGAGAGGAAGGGAAGAAGGAAAAGGAGCGUAUUUGGGAGAAGAGAAAGCAUGAGAAUACUGGAGAGUCCUCUGGUCAUGUUCACCCUGACAAGUCAUCAAAAGAAAAUAGAAAGGAAGACAGUGCCAAAAGGGAUCGUCUAAGAAAUAAGGAUCGACCUGCAAUUCAGCUGUACCAGCCUGGGGCAAGGAGCCGUAACCAGGGUGGAGGGGGAACAGGAGAAGGACAAGCUGUGGAGAAGAGGGCUGAGAGGGAGUCAAAGAAUUCUCAAGAGAAGGUGGCAGAGUGAAGUAGCAGCCCUGUGCAAGCGUGGCAUGAUGUCUAAAGAAAAGAGAGGGGCUCUGUUCUAAUCAGUGCAAAUUUACACCUCAAAACAGGGUGCUGCCAUCAAAAGAAUUUCCCCCAUUUAAAAAAAACUCUCUGUCAAUGGCAUGAGAGCACAAACCUGUCACACUCCAGUGCCUGAAUGAGCCCCCCAAAGUUUCUGUACAUGAACAAGGCAAAGAAUCAUUCAGUUCCUGGCUGAUGGUUUGAUUUGAGAAGUGGGGCCAAAGCGAUUGUGGACUAUAACAACUCAAAGUGACCUUACUUUUGGUACACAGUCAGACUUAUUUUAAUUCAAAUUCUGCUUCAUAGUUUGUAAUAAAGGUCUAAUCUAGCUUGGUCAAGAUUUCAAUGUUCCACUGAGGAAAAAUUAUAUUGCGCCUUAACUGAACCCUUCAAACCAAUAUCAUACUGUGCAUUUCACUUGAGACAAUCAGUAACAUUAGUUUGUGUUCUUUUAGCAUGGAUGUAGCUUGCAGCUAUUGUAAAGAGCCCACUGAUAUACUUUGAUUUUGUUCAAAUUGCAAUAUAGAAAUUGGUCAAUUGGAAAAAGAGCCAAUGCUUUAUGAUGCCGAUUGCCUUUACCACUGUCAGUUCUUUUUUGCAAGUUGACUAAGUAUAUGCAAAACAGAAGUGACCUUCCAUAAUUUUAGAAUCAAAGCAUAUCCUACCACUCACAAACAUGCAGUGUGGUUUGGAAACUGUCACGUGUUGUCAUCCAGUUGUAUGGUUCUUUAAGUAAUAUGUCAAACACAGCUUGUUUCCCUUUUGUUGUUGUAGCUUUGUCAAAAUGCGAAGAGAAAUCUGAAAAGACAAUAAACGAACAACC